AUGGAUCUAGAUGGGUCUUUUCCCUUGGUGCUGAUUCUCCUGCCCGUUGCGCAAGGACUUUGGCAGAUGGAGGUCCUGGAAAAGUGUUGCCUUCUGGGAGACGUGCUCAACGACGCCCUGGAUUGCGUGCCGGCGAACCUCUCCAGGAACUUUUCGAACGCGACGAGAUCACGGGAGAUCGAAGAUCCUCCCAGGAAAGGCGCCUUCGAGUGUCCGAAGGACACCAAGCCGAUGGUGACGGAUCACAUGGAGGUGCAGAGCUACUUCAUCGAUCAUCCUGCUGGGAAUUAUUGCAUAGGGACCAUCGGAAACGGAGCAAAGGUGCUGGUGACGUGUGGACUCCCGAGUGGCGAUGGGUCCCCAUCAGCGUUCUACGACCUGGACAUGGUGGUCUUCUGGGGGGCGCAGACCUACAUGUCCACCAACAUUGCUCACGUGGUUUUCUGCAUCGUCGUGGUCGUCAUCUACGUUUCGAUCCCCCAACUGGGGAGGACUCUACAUGACCGAGCUAUCCUGCGCCACAACGUCGCCCUGUUGAUGUUGGGCAGCAUCCUGACCCUUCUGGGGUACUUUGAUUUGUGUGGCUGUCCUCCAACCGACACCAUCACCACCCUGCUCUGGCUGCUCUUGCAAUUCUUCACCCUCGCCACCGUCUUCUGGCUGAACGUCAUCUGCUUCGACAUGACCCUGGCCAUCACCAGCUUCAGACGAGUGCCAGCCACUUCGGAAAGGGACGACCGUGCGGAGAAUCGGAAGCUGCUGAUUUACGACGCCUUCGCCUGGGGUGGGGCAUUGCUGCCGACCACCAUCGCCGCCGUUUUCGAAUAUUGGCCAAACGUGCCCAAGGAUUUUCCGCUGAAGCCGAAUUACAUCGACUACCGGAAAGGCCCCAACGUUAUGGUCAACCUCUACUUCUUCGGGAUUCCCAUGCUGACGCUGCUCUGCAACAACGUCCUCUUUGUCUUCACGACCUGCAAGAUAGUCUGGAUCCAGCGCACGACGGAAAUCGCUACCCAGAAUCAGACCAGCGCGCUCAGGACGAAUUACUUUCUGUUCCUCAGGCUGUACCUUCUGAUGGGCGCGCCCUGGUUCUUCGGAUCUUUGCUGGCUUGUUUGAAUAAGCUGAUCGUUCUUAAGAUAUGCCGGCUGAUACAGCCCAUUCUCUGGCUGCUGAUGCUCGCUACGGACAGGAGGCUGCGACACGACAUCGCGAAAAAGUGCAAGUCGUUGAUGGUUGCUGAUCACCAGAAGUCGGCGCCCAUAGGGAGGUAG